GGCGGCGGCCGCGGCGGCGCCUUCUUCCACUUCGCCGACGGCCCGCCGAGCGCCCCUGGCGCGGCCAACGGGCACCCCGGGCCGCGAGGCCCCGCGCCCGCCGGCUCACCGCCGCAGCACCAGUUCCACCCGGGCCGCCGGAAACGCGAGAACAAGGCCAGCACCUACGGCCUCAACUACCUGCUGUCGGGCAGCCGCGCGGCCGCCCUGAGUGGAGGGGGCGGCCCCGGGCCCCAGGCGCCUCGGCCCGGCACGCCGUGGAAGAGCCGCGCGUACAGCCCCGGCAUCCAGGGACUUCAUGAGGAAAUCAUUGACUUUUAUAACUUCAUGUCCCCUUGUCCUGAAGAAGCAGCCAUGAGACGGGAGGUGGUGAAGCGGAUCGAAACCGUGGUUAAAGACCUUUGGCCAGCGGCUGACGUACAGAUAUUUGGCAGCUUUAGUACAGGCCUCUAUCUCCCAACCAGUGACAUCGACUUGGUGGUCUUUGGAAAGUGGGAGCGCCCGCCUCUGCAGCUGUUGGAGCAAGCUCUGCGGAAGCACAAUGUGGCCGAGCCGUGCUCCAUCAAAGUCCUUGACAAAGCGACAGUACCGAUAAUAAAACUCACAGACCAGGAGACGGAAGUUAAAGUCGACAUCAGCUUUAACAUGGAGACUGGGGUCCGGGCAGCCGAGCUCAUCAAGAAUUACAUGAAGAAAUAUUCAUUGCUGCCUUACUUGAUUUUAGUAUUGAAACAGUUCCUCCUGCAGAGGGACCUGAAUGAAGUUUUUACAGGUGGAAUAAGCUCAUACAGCCUAAUUUUAAUGGCCAUUAGCUUUCUACAGUUGCAUCCGAGAAUUGAUGCCCGGAGAGCUGAUGAAAACCUUGGAAUGCUUCUUGUAGAAUUUUUUGAACUCUACGGAAGAAAUUUUAAUUACUUGAAGACUGGUAUUAGAAUAAAAGAAGGAGGUGCCUAUAUCGCCAAAGAAGAGAUCAUGAAAGCCAUGACCAGUGGGUAUAGACCAUCGAUGCUGUGCAUUGAGGACCCUCUGCUACCUGGAAACGAUGUUGGCCGAAGUUCAUACGGGGCCAUGCAGGUGAAGCAGGUGUUUGACUAUGCCUACAUUGUUCUCAGUCACGCCGUGUCACCCCUCGCAAGGUCCUAUCCCAACAGAGACUCUGAAAGCACUCUGGGAAGAAUCAUCAAAGUGACUCAGGAAGUGAUCGACUACCGGAGGUGGAUCAAGGAGAAGUGGGGCGGCAAGGCCCCCCCGGCGCCCGAACUUGACAACAGAAGUAAGAUAAAAGAGCGAAUAAGUGUGUGCGACGGGGACCAGCCCCAGCGCCGAGACCCGGAGUCCCCCUACAGCCAGCGCCUGACCCUGUCUCUGCCCAGCCCCCAGCUGCUCUCGUCCGGCUCGUCUGCCUCCUCUGUGUCUUCGCUUUCUGGGAGUGACAUUGAUUCUGACACGCCGCCCUGCACAACGCCCAGCGUUUACCAGUUCAGUCUGCAAGCACCGACGCCCCUGCUGGCCAGCUUACCCACCGCCUUGCCCAUGCCGAGUGGCAAACCUCAGUCCGCUACUUCCAGAACGUUGGUCAUGACAACUAACACUCAGACCAGGUUUACGAUACCUCCACCGACCCUGGGGGUGGCCCCCGUCCCUUGCAGACAAGUUGGCGUUGAAGGAACUCCAGCAUUGAAAGCUGUUCAUCACAUGUCUUCCCCGGCCAUCCCGUCCGCAUCUCCCAACCCGCUCUCAAGCCCUCACCUGUAUCACAAGCAGCACAGCGGCAUGAAGCUGUCCAUGAAAGGCUCCCACAACCACAGCCAGGGUGGCACGUACAGCUCUGUGGGCAGUGGAGGCGUGCGGCCCCCCGUGGGCAACCGGGGACACCACCAGUACAACCGCACCGGCUGGAGGAGGAAAAAACACACACACACGAGGGACAGCCUGCCCGUCAGUCUGAGCAGAUAAUAGCCCCGAUGGCGCAUCCUGGCCCCCCGCUCUUCCACAGACUCGUGCCGGGCGGCCUUGGAGCCCAGCCGGGAACUGAGACCAGCAUCCAGCACGUCGGCCCGGGCCCCUCGGACCGCCCGCCGCUGAUCACUCUGCAUGUUCCUUGUGUGGUGGUCACGUCCAUCUUAAAGAACAGCCCCUUGUGCUCAUCUGUGAAGCCUUAUUAAAUCUGGACGCUGUGUCUGCCUUCCCGGGAUUCUUCUCUCCGGUGCCGGAGUGGGUCUGGACCGGGAACUGCAGGGACAGGACGCAGGCCUCGGGUUUCUCGGCAGCCAGUCUGGGUCCUUUGCGGUUGGGGUGUUUUCAUGGCACGUCCGCCAGAGCAGCAGAGCUCAGCCCCCGUUCUCGUUCCUUCCCCAGCGGGUAGGGUUGGGAGGUCGCCAUUGUGUCACUGCCCUCACGUUUUGUUUCAAAUUUCAGAACUGUUUUUCUAUGUAAAUAUUGAAAACUUAUGAUUUGUGCAAUAACUCAGAUAUUUUUAUUUAAUUCAUAUUUUCACAUAAGUUAUAUUUAAGGGAGGAGGUUUUUUAAACAAGCUUAGGUCCUUUCCCGAGUCACAUUUUCUAAGUUGGGUUCAUCGUGUCGGCUGGUUGUCUGAGGAGCUCCGCUACCAACACCGUGAGUGACGGGCUCGGGGUUUAUUUUUGUGUUUUUCUUUUGGUCAGACACGAGGCCUCUCCGUUCGUGGCCCUGCAGGGACGCGGCUCCCGAGCCUUCUGACCAGCUGCCGCCGGCCCUGCGUCCGGCCUGUUUUCUCGCUCUGACCGCAGAGCUGUAACGUUUUGGUUUUUUGGUUCUUUUAAAGUAGACAACAAAUCCAGCAUUUAAAGUGCCAGAAGUAUAACUUUGUAAGGGGAGAGAGGGUGGUCACAUUAUCAAAUCCUUAAAAAAAAAAAAAAAAAGUGAACUUUGAAGUGCUUGGGUCUGCUUAGUCACACGCCUGUAAGGAUGGGGCCGGUGAAUAUCAGGACGGACGAGGGUACCCAGUUUUAGGAAUGUGGAGAAAGGGAUUAUGUUUGAUUCCAUUGAGGAAUCUGUAGCAGUAUGCAUUCGUUCUGUUAAGAGCAAAUCUACGAGAAGUACUUCGCUGCUCAGUGCACCGUAGGGAGGACUUGUACCACCGCGGAGAACACAGCCCGGGGCUGGGCCGGGAGCAGCCGGCACCCGACUUGAGAAGCAUACAGGGAUACUAUGCAAGCGUAGUCUGCCAUGACAACCACUGUCUUUGUUACGUUUUUUUGAACAAGAAUAUAUCCAUCCGGCCUAACCCUGAGUUUUCGGAGCACCACAGUUGUCCCAGAUGCUAGUUGCUCUCCUAGGUCAUCUGACCUCCCGUUUUUAAAAUGGGGGUUCUGGCCCUGCGAACACUACAGGUAGGUUGGUCUUUAAUGUCCGCUAGUGGAGAAUGUCGCAUCGAGAGACUGAACUACCAUGACACUGAUGGACGUGCAGAGCGGGGAGCUCUGGAGUGCGGCCUGGGGGUGGGGUCUCGGCCAGGACGGCUCCCCAGUGUCGGCGGCCAGCCUCUGCCCCGGGACCGGCCCCGGCACUGCCGAUGGCUGCCGGCUGCGGCGGCGGCUUCUCCAGGGGGCCUUCCAGAAGAGAGUAGCACACGUUGUCUGCAGUUCUUGACGAUCGAAAGUUACCAGAAAUAUUUAAAGAUAUUUAAAUUGUGAAUCUGUUGAUAAAGAAAUAUUUAUAAAAACUGAUACGUAAGCCUGUACUAAUCUCCACACAUUAGCAAUACUGACUGUCACCCUACAUUAAGGAACCACUGCGGGGCGCGGGUCCCGUGGGGUGUGCAUUUUAAAGCUCGAUUCACAGACACAGGCGCCAUGCUCCAUCCCCGUCAUGGUGAACCGAAUGAAUUGGCCCGGCUACCACUGUGGUCACGCCCUACAGAUAGAACAAAACGAUAUCAUGUUUAGAUUUUUUUUGUGUGUGGACAAUAAAGCUAGAAGCUAAAAUUGACAUAUUUUUAUGUAAAGUUUUUCUAUUCUUUGAUUUUUAAUAAACUUUGGAAACCAG